AAUGAAGUUUUCAACAUCUUAGAUAAUAAGCAAUUCAUAAGUAAGAUCAGAAUCACCAUCAUUCUAAAAAAUGUAAGCAUUGGCAGAUAAAUGGACUUAAUUAAAAGCAGGAAUAGAUAGAGAUAAAUUUGAAAAAAAAGAAAUUAUUGAUGCAUCUCUCUAAAAAAUUGAUAGCCUAUUAAAUUAUGAUAAAAUUAAGGAUGAAGAUAGAUUUAAAGUAUAAUGUACAAUAAUUCACUAGGUACUAAAAGAAUAAAUUUUAAAACUCAGUGAUCAAAUUAAUAAUGAAAAAUUUGGAAAAGAACAUAAUGUUCGUUAUUAAGAAUAGCUAUAACAAUUUGAGGAAUUAAUUAAUAAAUAAUUAGAUGAUGAAAAAAAUGUAAAGUUAUUUAUAAAAUUAAAUUAGAAUAAGAGAAGAGUAGAAAUGUAGCUCUUGAAAUAAAUAGAAGACAGAUUUGAAACAGUUCAUGGAAUGCUUGAAAAAAAUAAUUCAAUAUAUUAUGAUAAGUUGAAUAGAUAAAUUGGAGAUGUAAGUAAUUAAUUAAAAGAUCUAAGAUAUACAAUUGAAAAUGAACAAUAAACAAGGUAUUUAACAUAUUAUAAUCAGAUCUGACUCCUAGGCUCAUUUAAUAGAAUAAAUGGAUCUAGAGUUAAAUAAGUUUUAGGAAAUGAUGUCUAUAGAAAGGACUGUUAGAGAGGAAACUGAGAAAAAAAUAUAUUCUAUGAUUGAAGAGGUACAUUAGAAGAUUCAGACAGAAAUUCAGGCUGAAAGGUAACAAAAAGAAAAGUCUCACGAAAGUAUUCUAAGAUUAUUAGAAUAAACUUGCAUCAAAAUAGAUGAAAGCUUUAAUUAAUGA